CUAAAACAAGAUAAACAUGAACAGGGGUGCAAGGUUAUCAAUUAUGGUGGUGCACGAAGUAAAACAUGAAACAAGGGUGGCAGAGGUGCGAGGUUAGUAAAAAUCAGGGGUACUCGCAGCAAAAAUUAAAACAAGGGUGUGAGAUAAAGGAAAAAGGGGGUGCGCAGAGUAAAGUAUGAAACAAGUGUGGCAGGGGUGCGAGGUUAGUAAAAUGGGAAGUGUAUGAAGAAGAGUGAAACAGGCCCAACUGAAAUACCAAGCAGGGGUAUGGGAUUAAGAGAGGGGGUGCACGAAGAAAAGAAAGAAGGAAACCCAUAUGGAGGUGGAUGAGGUAAAAAUAGGGGUGCAUGUGGUAAUGGAGGGUUGAAGGCCUAAAGCUCUUUUCUUUAUUUUUGAAAACCCUAAAUAACUAAAGUUUAUUCAGCCUUCUCUUCUUCAUUGACGCAAGCCAUCACGACACCAGUGGCAGCGACGCGCGUUUGCUCAACCUGAAUCACUGUUGACGAUGCCGACCACCGUCGCAAGGCCCGCCGGCUAGGACAUCGUCGUUCCAUUCAGCUCGCGUGAGGCAUCCUUGCACCAACGUUCACAACGUCUUCUCUUCAUGCAAAACCUGGAUCGAGACACGGCAGCCGCACUACCGUCACCGCUUGCUCUCACCGGCGACGUCGUCGCCCUUCGCUUCACUCCGCGUAAAACGCUGCUGCACCUGCGUCUCCUCUUUCGCUUCUCCAGCGCGUUCAAGAUAGGGGCUGCACCGAUCCACUUCGCGGCCGUGAGGUCUCGCUCGCCGGAUACCGCCGUUAGCGGUUUCAGCCGCCUCAAGGUCGUCGUCGGUCCUGCCGUCACCGUCGAGGGAAUCGCCAGCACUGCUGGUGCACGAGGACUCCGCGGCUCGUCAUCACGCGACCAUCACUCCUCCGUUCACGUGACCACACGCGACCACACUCCCGUUCAGAGCUUCGAAUCGCCGGCGGCAAGGUCAAAAUGGUGAUGUGAUGUUGAGACGAUGGCUCUACGAAUGGGUACGUUGCGGGGUUGGAUUGGGAAGCCGCGGGAUGGGGAUGGAGAACGGGUUUUUCGGUGUGUCGAAGAUGCCAACCGUGUUAGAAUGAACGAGCAAAGAAAGGUGAGGAUUGGUGGUUGAUUAUGGGUGGCUAUGUGGGGAUGAAUGGUGGUGAAGGGUAGGGCUUAACUUAUUGUGAAACGAAAGUUCCCUGAUCAAAUGGCUCUCUUAUGUUGUUUUUACGCUCUGUAAUGCCAUCUAUUCCACCCAUCAGGAUAUGAAUCUCCCUUUUUAUGUAACUAUCUGCUUUAUUCUGUUCACAUUUCUCUGCAUCUUCCCAUCUCGAAAUUUGGGAUAAGGUUGAGAGCAGAUGUUGCUUCCUGUUUUUUUUAUUUCA